AUGUCUUCACCCCAAAACCAAUACGGCGCCUAUGUGCCAUCUAGAGUGGCGGCAAUUAUUGGAUCGGUUAUUUUUCUGAUUCUAGCAGCCCUUCACUUGUGGAGGAUUCUCGCGUCUCGCAAAUGGUUUGGUUUUGCUAUUGUCGUUGGUGGACUUUUCGAAGUCAUAGGUCUUGCAGCACGAGCCUACGCUAACAAUCACGUCUCCGAAAGGACCCCCUUCAUCAUCCAAAUUCUCCUCAUUCUCCUGGCACCCAUUCUCUUCGCCGCUGCCGUCUACAUGUUCCUGGGCCGGUUGAUCCGCGCAUCAGGCCAGCCCAAGCUCUCAUUUAUUCGCAUCAACUGGCUGACCAAGAUCUUCGUGGCCGGGGACAUCUUAUGUUUCUUGAUCCAGGCCGCUGGGGCAUCGAAACUGGUCAACGCAAAGACACCAAGCGAUCUGUCCACGGCCCAAAACAUCAUUCUCACCGGUCUCGGACUCCAAGUGUUCUUCUUCUUCAUCUUUGCCCUUUGCGCCGUCAUCUUCCAUCUUCGCAUCUCCUCAUCCCAAUAUGCCAAGCUUGUGGACCCGACGUUGCGCCUGGGCGUGAUGCUUGCGUCGCUCUAUAUCUGCAGUGCUCUGAUCACGGUCCGAAAUAUCUAUCGUCUGGUCGAGUACAAGAGUGGAAGCAAGGGCUACCUUCAGGAACAUGAAUGGCCUACUUAUGGGCUGGAUGUUAUUCUCAUGGGGGUUAUUAUGGUUAUCACUUUGUUUUGGUAUUCCGCUAACACCGACGGCUCGCAAGAUGAAGGAGGGAGUUUAUACCCAUUGGUGCCACAGGAUGACCGUGUAUGA